AUCUCCCAGGAGCGUCUUUUCUUUCCCCAAAAGAGAAGUACGUUUCCUGCUAUGAGUGGAGAACCCCAACACCUUCCCCCCCGAGACAGGUCCGUAGUGGGACAGGGGGAGCCAGCGACUAGUUGUGGAAAGACUAGCUUCAGGAUGUACAUCAGAGGUCUCCGGGUUGAGGCGCUCUGCCAGGAGGUGCAGCGAUGCAUCUCCAGCCCCCCCUGAACCCAAAGAGAAAAAGAGCAGCCGCAAGGCUGGCCCUGAAAGUUGUGGGACUACAAGUACAAGAAGUUCUAGAAGCACAGGUACUGUGACAACAAGGCCUGACAAUGUGGACUGUUUUAACCUUCCUGGAGCAAAGCUAAAUGCCCAUGGAGGUGUGGAGGAGGAAUGCCUAGGCCCCAGGAGACUGGAGUCACCUAUAGCUCCCGGGUGUCGGAAUACCUCUGUGGGUAUGACGAAGCAAGGAGCAGCUUGUUUAGGCUCCAGGAGGAGGAAAGGGAGGCAAAAUCCUUGAUGGACACUGCGCCCAGAUGCCAGAAGGCUGAGCUGUCAGCCAGGAUUAAACAGCUUUAAACAAAUCGGAAAACUGAAGAAGAGGAAAACAUGUAUUUUAGAGAACAGUGGGCCUUUUAAAGAAAAACUUUUAAAUGAUGACCGCUUUGAAACAAUGGAGAGAGAGAAGCAAUUGAGCCAAAUGAAUCCACGCGAGUGUCUGCAACAUCUGACCCCAUACAGUGGACUCCCUGCAAGGCAAGUGGCAAUGUCAUCUGGCCAUGGCUCUGGUGGUUCGGGGGAUGAGAGUAGCACCAGUCACCAGGGAGAGGCGCUGUUGGCCCAGAUCUAGGACUUCACAUUUGGCAAUGACUUACCAGAGGAGGCACCUGGGGGAAGAAGAAAGAAGAAACCACAGAAGACCAAGCUCUAGGACCAGGGUCCCUUGAAAAUUGUCCAUAAAAGCUUCUGUGUGUUCCCUCCUCUCAGACAGCUGGGGUGUGUGAUGACUGCACAUUGAAUAUUGUGCCCAGAUCUCGCCUUUGAAAACAACUCAACUUCACAGAAGAAUCGGUCAGCGACUAAUCUCUGGAGCCGACUCUGCACAUUUUUACUAUAUCCAAGCAGGAGCCCAAGUCUAUUGAAUACAAGAUGAUAUACAGAGAACCCAAUGGAACAAUGGCAGCAAUCGCUUCUACUGAAACACCUCCAGAAAAUGAUUGUAUAAACCUGGAACAGUUUGAAUGGCUCUUUACCUACCAGCCCCCCUACAUGUGGUUCAUUUUCGUCUUGGGCUUUGUUGAAAACUUGUUCGUCAUCUCCGUCUUUAUCUUUCAUAAGAGUCGCUGCACAGUGGCUGAGAUCUACCUGGGGAAUAUGGCGGCUGCCGAUCUGAUUUUUGUCAGCGGCCUACCUUUCUGGGCUAUAUAUAUCUCCAACAGAUUCUACUGGCCAUUCGGAGGCUUCAUGUGUGCAGCUGUAAGCUCCUUGAUUCAAAUCAACCUUUACAGCAGCAUCUACUUCCUUAUGAUGGUCAGUAUUGACCGAUAUCUAGCUCUAGUGAAGACCAUGUCCAUUGGACGUUUGAGAAGACCUUGGUGGGCAAAGGUGAACUGUGCCAUUAUCUGGUCAUUUGCAGCGGUGUUAAGCAUACCCACAAUAGUGUUUCGAAAAGUGAUGUUCAUCACAAAAUUAAAUACCACUGCCUGUAUUACAGACAUAUCUCCCAACUGGUCUGUCGCCACAAAUAUCACCUUGAAUGUUCUUGGCUUCUUAGUGCCACUUGUUGCCAUUGCCUUCUGUACACUUCAAAUAAUUUGUGUUUUGAGGAACAAUGCAAUGCAACACUUCAAGGAAGUCAAAAAUGAGAAAAAAGCCACCUGGUUGGUCUUGUCUGUACUCUUGGUCUUCGUGGUCUGCUGGCUCCCCUUCCAUGUUUCCACCUUUAUCGACACAUUGGAUACAUUUCAUGUCUUCCCUUCGUGUACAGUGCCAUCUUUCAAUCAUAUUCUUAACCAAAUCUCCACUUACAUUGGCUUCAGUAACAGCUGUAUCAAUCCAGUCAUGUACAUAAUGGUUGGAAACCACUUUAGGCAAAAAGCUAGAUCGGUCUACAGUAGGCUUCUAGGUAAAGGACCUAACAGAAGGAAGUCAUCAUUCCCAACAGAUGAAUCAGUCAACUCAACACAGAUUUCUAUCACAAUGCUACCAUAUAAGAAGAAAUCAAUAGCUUGAAUCUACUACUGCAACAUUUGGCUCAAAUAUUUUUUAACCUGACCAUAAUGGACUCAUAUUUAUUUGGUACCCAUGAAGGGAUAUAGUAUAAUCUUAUAGAGUGGGUACCAUCAUUAUGUAUAGAUUGCAUUUUAUAAUAUAUCAUAUUUGAUCGGGGGACCAAUUCAGUUCAAGAAUCCACAAAUGCUCUGCGCACUGUCCAUCUGAAGGUUGAGCCGCAGCAAAACUUUCAAGAGCAGCAAGAGCCUGGUUCAAAAGUUCACAGCUCUAAUUUUUACACAUGGAUUUUGUGUCUUGCUUCCCUUAGUAGUCAACGCCACCUGAAUCCAUUUAAGAAAAUGUCAUAGGUGGGUAGCUGGGAUCCAUCAAAUGGAGCCUUAAAGGGGUACUCCACUCCUAGACAUCUCAUCCCCUAUCCAAAGGAUAGGGAAUAAGAUAUCAGAUAGUGGGGGUCCUGCCACUUGGGACCCCCAAGAUCUCGGCUGCAGCACCCCG